AAUUGAUUGAAAUGUAUGCUUGUUACACACCCAGGUCUGGAAGGAUGAAGAGAGGUGUACAAUAAGUACAGUAGAAUAAAGAACCAGUAGUUGACAAUAGCUACACCAUUGAAUGCUGCUAAACGUCUCAUGGGGCAUGUUGUCCAUUGCUGGAGAAGGGACGGGUAGAGAUUGUUGGGUGUGUCAGCAAUCUUUGAAGGAGAGGGGAAACCGUGCAUGAGAGAUCACCAGAGCUGACUUGAGCGCACAGCAAGGCAGUGGAAUCAUUACUCAGUGAAAAUUGAAGUAUUGAGCCAUGCAGAAUGACAAAUGCUUGUUUAAAGAGGUUAAAGACCCGUUUUCUGUCUUGUGUAAUGAUGCGUGACAACGGUAUGAGGAUCACCUUGAUAAGUUCGACGACAAUGCUCCAAUUUUGGGGUGUUAUGAUUAUGAAACAGCUACACUUUUCAGGAUUCAGGAAAUAGUUAUAUAGAGAACAGUUAGGCUACUCAACGUAAGGAAAAGCAGUAUGCUGACAACAUUUUGUUCCUUGCUCACCGAACAGGACAGCGACUCAUGGGAUGUAGUGUGGGCUGUAGAACAAGGCUCAACUUUGGAAAGGCGCUGUCCAAAGUAUCCGUGUGUUUUACCAUGGUCGUGAUUUUCACCUAUUUCUUCUACUGUCUUACCGGAUUAUGUGACUCGGCGCCGAGACAGAUGUUCGACCAUCAUACUGUAAACAGAGACUAUGAUGUAUCGGACCGUACGUACGACAACCUSKMYCCGCCAGCGCGACUCUAUCCUCACCACCRGGGCGCACCGACUCCCUGGAACAGGACAGACACUUCAACGGGCGCCGCGSUCCACCGUGCAGACGAACAGGUCGCCACGCUAAAGUGGGUUGAAGGCGGACUGCUCCCACAAGAGAUACCGYAGAGCACUAAGGAAAAUCUAGCUGCCAACGGCAUCCCCAUGUCCAACACAUUUGAGAGUAAGAAGUUCCCACAAGCCAUCAUAAUCGGUGUGAAGAAAGGCGGUACGCGCGCUCUGCUGGAGUUCCUACGGAUUCAUCCGGAUGUGAGAGCUGUCGGGGCAGAACCUCACUUUUUCGACAGGUUCUACGAGAAAGGACUUGAGUGGUACAGGAACCUGAUGCCUCGGACRCUGGAAGGUCAGAUCACCAUGGAGAAGACGCCCAGCUACUUUGUGACCAAGGAGGCUCCUCGUCGCCUCUGCACCAUGAACUGCCGCACCAAGCUCAUUGUAGUCGUCCGCGACCCCGUGACCCGGGCAGUCUCCGACUAUACCCAGACGCUGUCUAAACAACCRGGCCUCCCCUCCUUCCAGAGCCUGGCCCUCAAGAAUACCUCUACGGGAUUGGUCGACACCUCGUGGAGCGCCGUGCGCAUCGGCCUGUACGCCAAGCACCUGGAGAACUGGCUCCAGCACUUCCCCUUAUCUCACUUCCUGUUCGUCAGCGGCGAGCGGCUGGUGUCCGACCCGGCGGGGGAGAUGGGCCGGGUGCAGGACUUCCUGGGUCUGAAGAGGGUGGUGAGCGACAAGCACUUUUACUUCAACCAGACUAAGGGAUUCCCCUGUCUGAAGAAGCCAGAGGGAAGCAGCAGGCCCCGGUGUCUGGGGAAGUCCAAAGGAAGGCCUCAUCCACAGAUCUCACCAGAGGUACUGCAGAGGCUCAGGGACUUCUACAGGCCCUUCAACCUCAGGUUCUACCGGAUGACUGGACAAGACUUUGGAUGGGACUGAGCCGUCCACCAAUGUUACAUGGAAAAUCAAACUAAAGGAUGAAAAUMAUUACUUUAAAACAUGUGGAGAGGUCACUGCUUUCAUCAAGACAGGAAACACAAGACUGACAUUACAUUUGUCAAUGAGGGAACAGGGGUUCUAGGUUACCACUUUGACUUGUGACAUGGUAUGCAUUAUACAAAAUGUUGGAAUUUUUUGGUAUUUUAUGGAACAGUGAUAUAAAGCUGUCAUUUAUAGUUUCAGUUACAAUAUUUGUAUGUUGCUACAMGUAAGAAUAAUGUAAGAACUAAUUGUUUUCCCAGUGUAAAGUACAUGAACCAGGAGAUAAGGAUAAAUGUCACAGUAAGUAGACCAAAGGACGUUGAUGACUUGAUACCUCUGUGUGAGGAGACUCAUGUUACAAUGAAUUAUACAAAGGAUUAUAACCAACCUGUUUCUGACCAGCGUGUGUGUAUGUGUGUGUAUGUAUGUUUGUGUGUGUGCAUGUUUAAGAUACCGUAAGAAAAGUGUAUUUAUUGCAAUAUGUGUACUAGUAGCUUUAUUAUUCUUGUGACCACCCAACUAAGCAACAAACCUUUCUUUAUCAGGGUUGACAAUCCUUUUCUUUUGACUUUUGACUUGUGUUUUAAUGGUACUGUAGAUCUAAAACCAAAUGUGUAACUAUCUUCAUUAUCUGUCAAGUCAAUCUAAUACCAGACCCUGUUUACAGCAUUUCCAUUGGGACAGUAUUACAUUGGAUGAUGAACCUCUAUUACAUAGACUUUGUACCACAUAAUCCUUUUUCUUACACUUGGUAAGAGCUAUUUAUGAUGUGAUACUUAUUUCAC